AAAUUUAAAUAGUGGAAAUAAAAUAAUGGGUUGGUAUCUCAAUAUUGGGACCAUCUUACUAGUGCAGUAUGCAGCCGCAGACUUUUUUAUAUUGGAAACUCCUCUUGGAAAGAUACAGGGUUCUGUUUUGAAAUCAAGAUUGGGGCGAGAUAUUUUCUCCUUCAGAGGUGUUAGAUACGCCGAAGCACCUAUACAUGAUUUGCGAUUCAAGCCCCCUGUCCCAGUCAAGCAAUGGAAUGGGAUUUAUAAUGCGACGAAAGAUGGGCCGCUGUGUCCACAACCAACUGAAGAUCCAAUAUCUGAAGAUUGUCUCAUAUUGAAUGUUUACUCGUCGAAGCUACCAACAUCUACGAACAAUCCAAAACGACCCGUAAUUUUGUUCAUUCAUCCUGGAGGACUCUAUAGUGUUGGAUCUACAAGCGUCUGGUUGGGACCAAACUACUUCAUGGACCAAGAUAUCGUUUUGGUAACGAUGAACUACAGGUUGGGAACCUUGG